CUGACAGUGACAGUUGUACAUUGACAAAUUGUUUUGCUCUUUCGCAGUGUUUAUUUAUCUAAAAUUACAAAUUCUAGCAUUAACUAAGUGUACACAGAGCUACUGUUAAGAUUAUGUGAGAUUGCUUCCUUGCUGCUGCAUAAUGACGGCUGUAAGAACUUGUCCCGGGCUGUAUUGCGGGCGAACAGAGCUGGACGAUGGGUCCUGGAGCGACUGCGGAGCCUGUCCUCGAGGGUUCAGAACGAAUGCCACCAGUUACUGCGUGCCGUGUACUGAUGAACCUACACUGUAUGACGGGCUAUACCUUGGCUUUAUGGUGCUAUUGCCUAUGGUCUUGCAUUGGUUUUUCAUUGAUAUGGUCGCUGUAGGCAAAGGAACUAAAAACAUAUUGGUGCAACAUAUAUGUGCGUUUGUCGAGGUGGCAUCAGGCACAUUAGCUGCUUUGCUAGUGUUGCCUCCAACUGGCACAAUUGCAUUGCAUGUCUGUUCACCGAAAGCAUUGUCGGACUGGUAUACACUGCUGCAUAACCCACAGCCUGAUUAUAAGGAGACUUUGCAUUGCACACAGGAGGCUGUCUAUCCAUUAUACACAGUAGUUCUCCUAAUAUAUGCCUUCAGUCUGUUGAUGACCAUCACUCUAAGGCCUUGGCUUCUAACCUGGGACUCUGCUAACCCCGGGAAGAAGGCAAUAUACUGCGCUCUGUACUUCUAUCCCAUACUUGUGCUCAUACAUACUGUCGCUGCUGGGUUGAUUUAUUGCUCAUUUCCCUACAUAAUCAUAAUAAUAUCAAUGAUGACAUCAGCCUCUCAUUUCUCCAUAAAGAUUGAGCAGUCAGCGCCAGCACUUCUCAUGUCUUCUAUCACCAAUCCAAGGAACUUGGUGAUAUUACUUGGCCAUUGGCUGAUACAUGCAUAUGGGAUUAUCUCUCUAACUGGAUUUAAGGAGCUGUGGUACUUAUCUCUGGUACCUGCCCCAGCUUUGUUCUACAUCCUGACAGCUCAGUUUACGGAUCCAAUGAAGAUUCACAGUGAUUGACAAGAACGCCAGGCGUUUGUGAAGUUGGAUCUCGACUGACUUAGAGUUUGCUAUACCACGCGUGCGGAGAGCGAAGAAGUUUUCUAGUGGACCUAUCUAUGUGUUUAUCGCAAAAUUAUAUUGCCGUCGCGCUCAAGUUC